AUGUUUCGGUGUGUUGCAUUGUAUCGGACUGUCUGUCGUGUUUUCCUUUAUUCUACUAGAUUCCACCCGAAAAAGGUGCUAAUCCUGAGCAAAAUUACGCGGUACGAAUUUGAGAAGCGUCUGCAUCAAGUUGCUCUUAGGCUUUACCUAGGAAGAUUAGAAGGAAAAAACAGAAGAAACUUUAUCCAUCACAGUUAUUUACAAACAAUCCAGUCCGAACUUGACGAAGCGGGUGUGGAGUCUAAGGUUGUCCAGAGAUUCGACUACACAGAGGAUGUGAUUAACUGGGCUGAUGCGGUGAUGACAGCAGGUGGCGAUGGAACGUUUUUACUCGCGGCAUCUCGUAUUCAUCAAAGAGAUAAACCUGUGAUUGGCAUAAAUACGGACCCACAAGGAUCCGAAGGAUAUAUGUGUUUGAUGAGAAAACAGUCUAAGGAACAUUUCCGACCAGCUUUGCAUCGUCUACUGAACGGAGAUUUCCAUUGGCUGUAUCGGCAACGUAUACGUAUAACGCUUUCUGGCGAGUCAUAUGCGGGAGUCGGGGAUUCCAUUGAAUUGCAUGACCAGCAGUUAAACACUAUUCCGGCCACAACGCGGUGGAUGGAUAGUUUUUCUCAACCAUCAACUUCAGCAACUCCUCUGGAUAGCAUGAAAUUCCUUCUUCCUAGGAAACGAGCACGAUCACCGCCCAGAAGAGUGACGAUGCAGUUGCCUGUACUUGCCCUAAAUGAAGUUUUCAUUGGAGAAAGCCUUUCAUCUCGAGUUUCAUACUAUGAAAUACAGAUUGAUAAUGGAAAAAUGACUAAGCAAAAGAGCAGUGGCAUAGCGAUAUGCACAGGGACUGGAUCAACGUCGUGGUACUUUAAUAUUAAUAAAUUAACUGAGCAAUGCGUUUCUGAUUUGUUACGAAUAACGUCGGAACAUUGUGGAGUACAACUACCGGCGGAUGAUAAACAAGUGGUGACUGACAUAUGCACAAAGUUCAAUCAGCAGCUUAUUUUCGAACCUGACUCAUUACGAAUGGCGUUUACGGUGCGCGAUCCGAUAUUCAAUUCGACAUUUUCACCUAUAACGCCACGUGGAUUUGCCGAAAAAAUCCGCGUAAAAAGCCGAGGAUACGACGCCCAUUUGGUCGUGGAUGGCGCCGUUUCUUAUCGAUUCAAUGAUGGGGCUGAAGCGUUUGUGGAAGUACGCGAAGAGGAUGCACUACAAACUGUGGUCUUCAGAUAG